CUGCGCCCUAUGAUUUAUUAUUCGCCAUCAAACUUCCGCAUUCAACUUCCUUGUCUGCACUUGAACAUGAAUAACUUUGUUUUAAGUUAGUAAAAUGUCUCUAUUUGCCGAGAAGAUCAAGUUUUUCAUUCACGAUGUUGACUCAUUUCUAAGUCAAACACUGAAGAAAGAAAAACUAUCAAAACAAGCCAAGACUGAGAAAGAUGGCAUAAUAGAGCAGCUUAUACAGCUCCGUAAUAGUUAUCCACAGCUUAAAAUCAGCGAUGAAGAGGCUAUAGUCACGCCCUCAUCACCAACGCCAUCUUCGUCAUCAUCCUCUGUUAAACAAGUGGAUGAGGAAAAUUAUGAGUACACAGAUGCUGAGGGUCCCAUCACCUCCACACCAAAGCCAGCACCAGAGGACAACGAGGAGUUGUACGAGGACACUGAAAAUGCCAGUGGAGGCUCCUUCAGCAAGAAUGAAACUGACAGCGUACACUCUGAAGAUGUCCCUGUCACAGUAGAAGAUGUUGCAAUCAAGAAUAUUCCUGCCAGUGAGAUGACCCCAGACAAAGUGCUGGUGUCAGGAUUCUUGGAGAAGAAACGAAAAGAAAAAGGAUUACUAACACGUGUAGCGAAUCAAUAUCAGAAACGAUGGUGUGCCAUUCUAAAUGACAAGUUCUACUACUACGAGAAACCUACAUCGAAACAGCAGCAAGGGGCUUUUAUUUUAACAGAUUAUCGCUUCCAGCUGUCACCAAGCCAAGUAAAGGACCAAAAGAAAAAAGAUUUCUGCUUCAGUAUCAGCUGUCCUGCUAAAAGAAGUUUCACAGCUCAAAAACAGGACCCUGUAGGAACCCACUAUUUUAUAGCCCCAGAUAAGGAGCAGUUAACAAAGUGGAAGAAAGUGUUGUGGAAGUUUAGUGACAGUGGCGCCAACAGCAGUGAGCCAGCUGGCAAAGACCCUCUGGAACUAGAUUCAGAUGAGGAAGAUACAUCAGUUCCAGCCUUCCCUGACAACACGGCAGAUAAAGAUGAGGAUGAUGAUGAAUACGAGGAGCCAAAUCAAAAGCCUGAAAACAUGCGCCAGAAGCCAGGGGGCAAGAGUAAGGCUCUGCCAAAACCACCCCCCUCCCCCACUGAGGAGUUCUAUGAGGAGACAGAUGUGGUGCAGGAGGAGACAUAUGACGAGGGAGGCUCAGGUGCCGUGCAGACAGAGGAGGUGUAUGAUGAGGCUGCCUCGGCACCGUCAGCGACCCCUGAUAUAAAAACAGGAGAUGAGCCUGAGGAGUUGUAUGAUGAUACAGGAGAACAAGGUGAUGAACCAGAAGAUAUCUAUGAUGAAUGUGAAACACCAGUUCCAAAUACAAACCUAAAACCUCCAGUAGAGGCGGCACAGUCCAGGACACUCCCAUCCCUACCCAAAUCCCCACGAGCCAGAGAACCACUGCCACCUAUCCCACCGUCAGAUUCCAAGACAGCCCCAACUGAAAACAGCACUUCCAGUGUAGCACCACCUGUUAUCAAGAAGGAGAACAUCAGCAAGGCAAACAUAUACUGGGGCUUGUGGGAUUGUCAUGGCGACACAAGCGAUGAGUUGACAUUCAAACGCGGUGAUCAAAUCUUGGUGGUCAGCAAGGAGUAUGACAAUGACCAGUGGUGGGUCGGGCUGCUGUCGGGGAAAGUCGGGUUGGUCCCCAAAAACUACUUGAGUCCAGCGUACAGACUUGUUAGUGCCAGUUAGGUUAUGGAUAAACGGUGGACAGUGGACAUUUCCACUGCUGACCCUGUAAGCUUUGUCCAGUCUGAAUGAAAAAGAGAAACUUCAAUAUCACGUGACAAGAGAGCUUAGAUUGUGUUUUUUUUUCUUUCAUAAACAAAUAAUUUUGAUACAGAUUCAUUUAGAUGUCAAUAGUCAGAUUGUCACAAUAGAAAUGCAAUCUGAGAUCAUUUCUAAACUGAAGAACUUAUUUCAACAUCUGCAUCACUUCACACAGAUCAGAGGGUGCAUGAGUUGAACUUGUCAAGAGAGAAGAAGAUGGACAAGGGAAAUUUUGCAGGACCAUGUUUCACAAGUCAAUAGCUGGUCUUCUCUUUGACCCAGUUAAAUCUAAUAUGUCAGAACUCUGAUGUGUGGUUCUCUGGCUUGUUUAAGAAAACAUAAGGUCCUGAAAUGACUGAUGAUUAAAAUUUUAAAAAAAUAUAUAUUUUUUGGACUCACUCCAAAUUUAUCUUCGGUCAAAUUUCACAC